GGGGUACUUUCUAAGGCAUUUAAAUUUUUAUUCUUUUCCCUUCACAUUUUUUAAACUUUUUAAGAUGGACGACGAUUUUGAUCUUCCCGAUGAAGGAGGGACUGCUCCGGGGAGCAGUUUUGUGAACGACUUAUUUUCGAAUAGACCAAAGAGGCAAGCUGGCGGAAUAGACGACAUUCUGGCUAGUUCUUCAAGACAAAGGCCUAGAGUCACUUUUCAAGAUGAACAACCACCACCACCAAAUCCAGAGCCUCCUGCACAACCAGUUUCUUCUUCUCUGUUAGAUUCUCUCUUUUCUGGAGGCUCUUCAGGGGAACAGAGGAGGGGUGCAAGAGCUGGAGGGGGUACAACACCUAGCAGUUCUGCUCAAUUGUCGUCUGCCCCAAUACGUGGCCCAUCUCCUUCCCGCCCUCAAACUGGCAGUCAAAGAGUAGAGCAACCUCCUCCCAGCCGUCCCACCCCAACAAUACAACACCAAGAAUCUCAACAACAAAUAAGCGUAUCUGCCGCUAUUCAGGCUGAAUUGGACCAAUUGAAGAGGUAA